GAAACAUUAGUAAUGAUGUCAAGUUUGACAAGAAAACUAGAAGAAGAAAUAAAAGAAAAAUGAAAGAGAGAAUUCGAGGAAAAGUUCUUGAACUUUUUCUGACCGGAUAAAUAACCGGUUAUAACCGGGUAAACAUUGAACCGGUGUUGUUGGACUACACUAUAAGGAAACACCUUAAAACGCACAAAGUCGUCGUCGUCGUCGUCUCUCUCUCUCUCCUUUACAUUUUACAUUACACACUUUUACUCUUCACAUUCCUCUCUCUCUCUCUCGCCGGAGUUAGAUUUUUUUUCUCGAGGAUCUUCGUUUUCUUUCGGAUCAAAACACCAGCAGAGAUAGAGAGAGAUAUGAUGACGACGAGAAACUCCGUAGGCGGAUUGGCGUUAUUCAGUUUUGUAUUCGCGGUGAUAUUGUCUCUCGUCGGAGCACAAUCCCUAGCUCCAGCUCCUGCUCCCACCAGCGAUGGAACAUCGAUAGAUCAAGGGAUAGCGUAUUUGCUAAUGGUGGUGGCGUUAGUGCUGACUUAUCUAAUUCAUCCUCUUGAUGCUUCUUCUUCUUCUUCUUCCUUCUCCUUCUUCUAAUCUCUCUCUCUCCAAUUUCCAAGUUUUUUUUUUUUUUUUUUUUUUUUUGUGGAUAAAAUUCCUAAAGAGUCUGUGGGUUGAUGAUUUGUGCUUUUUUUUUUUUUGUCUCGAUUAUUAUGAUUUCUUUCUGGAGAUUUACUGAUAAUUGUUUCUUCUCUUCU